CUUGCUUUCAAGUCAUGUUCCGACAAGUUGCGUUCAAACGGAGUGAAUCUAAAGUUGCACCCGUCCUUUUCAUCACCCAAAUCUCUCGAUCGAAUCGAAUCUCCUCGUCAUCAUGAGCUAUGACCAAGAUCCCGUGGAUUAUACCCUCGAUCCCAACCAAGCCCUGGAAGACAAUCCAAUCCGGCUUCACUCCGGCCUAGACAUCAGGAGUUUAAUCAAUGAUGGGACGGGCACGAUUUUCGAGCCGGAAGUGGACGAGCGACUCUUUGAAGACCUCAAACCCGAGGAUCGGAAUUACUUCAUGACCCAGGACAAGGAAUUCGAGGCCAAAUUGGAGCGAUUGCACUUGGAUGAUGAGCCAAGCUCGGCCGACGUGGACGACUCCGACGAAACCAUGGAUUUUGCGGCCAAGAGUGCCUGUAUGGAUCGGGUCACGGAAGACGGAGGGAUCAAAAAGCGGAUUUUGUUUCAUGGCUUGCAAAGCACUGGGCGACCACCAAAAAACGGCACGGUCACUAUUCAUUACUCGUUGUAUUUAGAGGAUCAGGAUGAGCCAUAUGACUCGACCAUUCUUCGAGGUCGACCCGAGCGGUUCAAACUCGAUGAUGGACGAUUGUUUCCCGGGAUCGAGCUGGCUGUUAAGUCCAUGUUGGCUAAAGAACGGUCUGAGUUCUUGAUUCAGCCUCAAUACGCCUUCGGCGACAUGGGCUGUCCGCCGCGAGUUCCGCAAAAGGCUGAGAUUUUGGCCAAGAUUGAGCUACUCAAUUUCGUCCAAGAAGCUGAGGCUGAAGCCUUGCUCUGUUUGGAUCCGGAGGAGCGAGCCAAGGCCAAGAGUUUUGAUGAGAUUAUUAAAGUAGUGAAAAUCGAACAUACCGAGGGUAACAAUCUGGUGCGGGCUCAGGAAUGGAAGAACGCUAUCAAAAGAUACGAACGGGGUAUCAAAUUGCUCGAGGAUGUAGAAAUGAAAGACGAGGAAGAGGAGAGGCGUCAACAAGAUCUGUUGCGGGAUCUGCAGCUCAAUCGAGCCCAUUGUAGCUUAAAAGUGGGUUGGCCCAAAAAGGCCUGUAUCGGGCUUCAAAAGGCUCUGGAAAUCGAUCCACGUAAUGUCAAAGCAAACUUUCGAAUGGCUAAAGCCAAGCGGAUGUUGGGCCAUCUGGAAGAUGCCAUGAAGUACCUCAAACGAGCGGAUUUGCUCUCAUCGAGUGCAAAUGCAGAUAUUGGCCAGGAAAUGAGAGGACUGUCGGAACUCAUUAAACGCGAAAAAGACGCCGAGAAGGCCAUGUGCACGAAAAUGUUCGUUUCAGCUCAAAACUCCCCGGCGUCUGACCCCAAAGUGGUCGAAGAAGACGUAGAUGAAGACUUCUGUGACGAGAUGAAGAUGCGAUUGGAAGGUUUUCUUCUUAAUGCCAACGACACCAGUCUUCCAUUGCCCAAAAAUUUCACUCCGGCUGAAAUUCGAAUGACAAAAAGCUUGGCUUCAGAUAUGAAUAUGAAGGUGGAAAAAAUCACCCUUAAGAACUCCCAAGUUCAGUGGACCGUUUUAAAAGAUUAGCCACAAAUUAUCCGUGGCUGUGGCUGUGACAAGAAUACCACCACAUUUUUGUAAUGAUUGAAUUAAGUGAGAAUAAACAAAACGUGUCGGUCGCA